CAGUAUAUUUAGUUCAGUUUCAGUAACUCAUCACCAGCUCUUGAACGCGUUUUUGCUUUUCCACCAUGGACGGACGUGUAUUCUGGAAUCGGACCUCUCAAAUUCUUCUCAAUGAAUCUUGGGACAAUGAGUGCAAUGACCAUGAUCUUUUUUAUUAUAAUUUUGUCCGUCUAACAGAGACCACUAUUUUGCCUUCUCUCAUUGGAAUCCUCUGUUCAACGGGGCUUGUGGGAAACAUUCUGGUCUUGGUGACUAUCCUAAGGACCACAAAGAAGACCGUUCCAGACGUAUACAUCUGUAACCUGGCCGUGGCUGAUGUGGUCCACGUGACGGUCAUGCCCUUCCUGAUCCACCAGUGGGCCCGGGGGGGGCACUGGGUGUUUGGCAGCACCCUCUGCACCAUCAUCACCUCCCUGGACAACUGCAAUCAGGUGGCCUGUGCAGCCGUCAUGACCGCUGUCAGCCUGGACAGGUACCUGGCGGUGGUGCACCCGUUCCGUCUGAUGACCCUCCGAACCCGCUCUAAGACAAUCUGGAUCAACCUGUUUGUGUGGGUGGUGUCAUUUGUCAUGGUCCUUCCCGCCUGGGUCCACUCCAAGGUGAUUCGCUUCCCUGACGGACUGGAGAGCUGCUCCAUGAACCUGGUCACUCCCAAAGAGGUGCUCUGGUACACCCUAUAUCAGACCAUCACGUCUUUCUUUCUGCCCCUGCCCCUUAUCAUCACCUGUUACAUGCUGAUCCUGUGCUAUACCUGGAGGAUGUACCUGAAGAACAAAAGAGAACGGCGUGCUAACAACCAGUCCCGGGAGCGAGCCAUCCGCCUCACCAAGAUGGUUCUGGUCCUUGUGGCGGUUUUCCUGGUGAGCGUAGGGCCCUACCACAUGCUCCAGCUGGUCAACUUAACGCUGCGGCGGCCCACUCUGGCCUACUACACCUGCUACUACCUGUCAGUGUGCCUCAGUUACGCCGCCAGCAGCAUUAACCCUUUCAUCUACAUCCUGCUCAGCGGACACUUCCGUCGCCGGCUCACUUACCGCAAGCCGCCCAGCAGGCCUGUUGUUGAGAGGGAGCCUAACGGGCCCCAGGUCCGUACACCACACUCAAGCUUCUGACAGUCUUGUCCUCAAAGCAGGCACAC